ACCCGGAAGUGAGCGCGGAGGCGGAGGAGGUUCUAAGAUGGCGUCGCCUCCUCAGGGGGGCCCGAUGGCGAUCGCCAUGCGGCUGCGGAACCAGCUCCAGGCCGUCUACAAGAUGGACCCGCUCCGGAACGAGGAGGAGGUGAAGGUGAAGAUGAAGGAGCUGAACGAGCACAUCGUGUGCUGCCUCUGCGCCGGGUACUUCAUCGACGCCACCACCAUCACCGAGUGCCUGCACACCUUCUGCAAGAGCUGCAUCGUGAAGUACCUGCAGACCAGCAAGUACUGCCCCAUGUGCAACACCAAGAUCCACGAGACGCAGCCGCUGCUCAACCUGAAGCUGGACCGCGUCAUGCAGGACAUCGUCUACAAGCUGGUGCCUGGCCUGCAGGAGAGUGAAGAGAAGAGGAUCCGGGAGUUCUACCAGUCCCGCGGCCUCGACCGGGUGACGCAGCCCAGCGGCGAGGACACAGUUGGGGGCGACCCCAUGGGGCUCCCCUACAGCACCUUCGACCACUCCCGUGCCCACUACUUCCGCUACGACGAGCACGUCUCGCUCUGCCUCGAGAAGCAGAGCUCCAGCAAGGACAAGAGCAAGGCUGUUCUGCAGCAUAAGUACGUGAGGUGCUCCGUGCGGGCGCAGAUCCGGCACCUGCGCAGGGUCCUGUGUCACCGCCUGGGGCUGCCGCUGCAGCAUGUGCAGAUCCUGUUCGGCGGCGAGGUGCUCCCCGACCACAUGACAAUGAAGCAGCUCUGGCUCUCGCGCUGGUUCGGCAAGCCCGCGCCCCUCCUGCUGCACUACAGCAUCAAGGACAAGAGGAGGUAGGGGCUGGGGGCGGGUGCUGCCCCCCCGCAGCGCAGCCCUGCUCCCGCCCCCCUACCCCACUCCUCCUAACUUAAUACCCCCCCCGGUUGAGUUUAUUUUUUGAAUAAAACUGUUGAAAAUCC